AUGCUUCCAAUAGAAAAGGAAACUUCUAGAGUUGCUACAACUAAACCAUUAGAUGAACUUUUUACGAAUGUCGGUCAAAAGUUUGAGACAGAGACCGUAAAGCAUGAAGGCUAUCGUUUUGACUACCCGUUAAGAUGGCUAAGAGACCCAUCCGUCACAAAAGCUAUUGGCUUUCGUAGAAUGAAGUUCAUUUCAGAAGCCAUACAUGGUUUCCCAUUUACGGUCGGUUUUGUAGUUCGAUACUAUAACAAAGAAAAACGUACGUAUGAGAAAUUUGAACAGGGAAAACUUUUACAAGUUAGUUUGCUUGUAAACUUAGAAACAACUCUUCAAGCUUUUCAA